AUGGAGGAGACAGAAUUUGAAGGAGAUGACUCUUUAGAGUCGUUGGAGGAGUCUCAGGUUGUCCUCAGUGAGCUGGCCAGUGACAGCAGCCUGGACAGGAUCAGGACGGAGUACGAGAAACUCGUCCAUGCUCUGAAGAAGUCGCGGGAGAAUGAAAAAAGGCUGAUGUCGAAAUGCAGGGAGCUGAACGCAGAGAUCGCAUCGACAUCAACCAAAGUGGCAACUGCCCUGAAACUGUCCCAGGAAGAUGAGACGACAAUAAUGUCACUCAAAAGGGAGUUGGAUAAGGCUUGGAAAUUGAUUGAUGCGGCUCAUGAUAAAGAGAGGAAAGACCAGGAAACAAUCAAGAAUUUAAAAGACGACGUUUUCAAGCUCACAAGGGCAACCGAGCAAAAAACCGGACAACAGCAGGACCAAGAACGAAUGGAUUUAAUUAAAAUGAUCGAAGAGUUGACAAAGGAGAGAGACCAGCUGAUGGACACGGCAGCGGACCUAAGAGAGAAACUAAACAAGGCAACUGUAACUCAGCAAGACAUAGAGGCUCAAAAAGAGACUGCUGUAGAGAAGAUCUUGAAGCUGCAGCAGGAGCUCCAGGUGCAACAGAACGAGCUCUCCAGAGAGAUGAGACUGAAUGAGAAGCUCGACAAGGAGAUCCAGCAGCUGCACACUGACAUGGAGGCCAAGAUGGCUGAAAUCAAAGCUCUGAACACGCAGGCACAGAAGGCCAGAGAGGAGCAGCAGAGACUGGACCAGCAGCUCAGAGAUCUAAAGGUAUUGCAUGAGCGCUCGACCAAAGAACUGGAGCAGAUUCAGGUGAAGAGCAGCAAACUGCAGCAGGAAUGUGAUCGUCUCUUGUCAGCCAAGGAACAGCUCUCUCUGGAGAAUCAUCAGAAGGCCAGCGAACUGAAGAUAAGAGAGGAGGAGCUGAGUCACAUGCGUCAGGAGGUCGCCAAACAGACCAAGAUGAGAGAAGCCAUCCAGAAGAAGUUCCACCACAUGGAGGAGCAGAAAGCUGAACUAGACCAACAGAGGGAGACGCUGAAAGCUCAGAUCGCUGGCCUGGAAAAAGAUCUUGAAGCUUCCCGGAAGCAAGUGGAAGUUGAUAAAAAAGCCAAGGAGGAGCUGAUCCGAGAGAGGGACAAUCUGCACAAGAACAUGACCAAAGCCGUGCAGUCGGCUGAGAAGCAGCAGGACCUCAUGAAGCUCUUGGAGCAGGACAAGAGAACCUUGAAGCACGAGAUCUCUGGGUUCUGGCAGGAGGCGCAGAAGCAGCGGAAGGUCAUCCAGCAGCUGGAGAAGGAACGGGACCGCUACGUCAACGAGAGCAGCAGCCUUAUGCAGAAGGUGCAGCAGAAACUCACUGUUGUCGAAGACAAAGAGAUGGAGAUAUUUGAUUGGAGAAAGAAAGCUACAGAGUCAGAGUGUAAACUCAAACAGCAGGAGAACCUGCUGGAGUCAGUCAUCGCGGAGAGGAAUCUGUACAGCAAAAACCUCAUAGAGUCUCAGGAGGAGAUUUCUGAAAUGAAGAGGAAAAUAAAGACUAUGAGCAACCAAGUUGCCCGGCUUAAAGAUGACAUCACUGAGAAGGAGCAGGAACUGGUCAGAGAUCAGCAGGAGCAGAAGAGGCUGGAGAAGGAGAACGAAGCCUUCAAGGGGGACCUGCAGUCAAUAAAACUGCAGCUGGAGGAAACAAAGCAGCUUAUUGACAGCCAGAGGACAGAACAGCAAAAACUGCAGAUGAUAAUCACCAGCAUGGAAGAAGACCGAGUCCAGCAGCAGAAGCAGCUGCAGCAGGUGAUCCGAGAGCGGGACAGCCUCGGCAAGCAGCUGCUGCAGCGGAACGAUGAACGCGCUCUGCUGUUUGAGAAGAUCCGGAUCCAGCAGUCCGUCCUCAGCAAGGGGGACUUCCACUACAAGCAGAGGCUGGAGGACAUCCAGCUGCUGAAGCUGGAGAUCAAGAGGCUGCGCCGCAGCAACGACAUCCAGGACAGGACUUUACCCAACACAGAGGAGCUGAGGACGGAGCAGCUCCGCCUGCAGACGGAGCUGCUCAGAGAGAGAACCAGGAACAGUGUUCUGGAGGACCAGCUCAAGCCCAUAAAUAUUCACCGAUGGAGGCAACUGGAGGGCAGCGACCCGGGAAAGUAUCAGCUCAUCCAGAAGAUUCAGGCAUUGCAGAAGCGACUGAUUGUUAAAACCCAGGAGCUGGAGGAACGGGAACUGCUGCUGCAGGAAAAAGAGAAGCUGUAUGUGGAACUGAAGCAGGUUCUGGCCCGGCGGCCCGGUCCCGAGGCUGCCAAGCAGCUUCAGGAGUACCGCUGGACCAUCGGGGACCGGACCAAAAAGCUGCAGGCUCUGACGGCAGAGCUGAGGACGCUCGACUCAAAGAUGAACGAAUACAAACGUGAGAAUCAAAGACUGAGCGGUGAGCUGGCAAAUAUAAAGAAGAAGUAUAUGAGUCAGAAAAGGCUUUGUAGUGAGCGGAGAAGCAGGACCACAGUGCAGGAACAGGAAGCUCUGCCACAGCUGAGCAGCACGCCUCCCUUCGCCAGAGCAGCCUUCAGGGUUUACAACCCGGUCAAACUCUGACGCCCACUGUCUGCAUUUUUGUUACAGAUAUGCGCAAAUCUUUGUCUAUAUUCUGCUAAUGUCAAAAAAACACAAUCUUGCAGUUGCGGUGUUUCGUGCGUUAAAGCGGCAAACCUCUUAUACUUGGGAGCAGCAGCUACGUACGUGGCGUUUUGGGGAAAAUUGUAUUUGGCGAUUUUACAGAAGAGCUAUGGAUUCAAUAUGUUCAAAUAAAACAGAACUUUCUUUGAACUGUGUGAUGCUGUGAGAGAUCUGGUGGAGUCACCGGGACAAAAAACAAAAAACGUCAUCUUACCACUUUCCUACUUUCUGACAUGUUUGUCUUUUUCAUCAGUAGUGAGUGGCACCAACUGUUGCUACUGGUGUGAUGCAAAAAAAGUGUUUCGACUGCAGUCCUGUGAAUUACCUUUAUUUCAAUAUGGCUGGGGAAAAAAAAGCACCUCAUCCUAGAGCAAAAACCUUUUAGCGAAAAAUGUGAGUUUUUUUUUUUUUUUUAAUUCCCAUGUUUCCUUUAAGUGGAUUUAUUUUCAUAAUUCCAAUUUGCACAAUUUUAUGGUCAAUGCAAACCCAGAAAGUGUGUUUGAAAAACGUAAGCGCAAAACUCUGAAAUCCAAAGGCUUCAUUUGAUAACAGAAAAUAUGAGUGGGAAGAGACUGUUCAGUGGAAUAAAUCUCAUUUUUAUUUAAUGUUGUAUUUGAUGAAGCUGACUUGCAUUCCCCAGAUGAGCAUUGGCAGCCAUUAAAAUACCUACAAGAUGAUCUUUUGAGAUAAUUUUUAAUAAUUUUUAAUUUUUGUCUCAAAGUUUAGCAAUAUAUAUACAUUAUGUGUCACUUAUAUAAUGAACAAUUCAAACUGUUUGUCCCUCUGGGGUAAAGAUGUAUAUGCCAUCUAGUACACCUUAAUUCCGGUGUACUGGAAGGUUUCCUGUACUGACAUUAAACAUCUGGACAUGAUUUAGAAAACAGCGGGUAUGACAAUUUAUGAAAUGUAACUCGCCAAGAUAGAACAAAAAUUAGGAAACUCCUUGAUGCACUUUUCUUGGUGUGGUCCAUUACUUUUAGCUGUAAGUAUGAUGAUUAUUGAUUAUAAAAUCAAUAUGCAGGAUGCUAAAGAAAAAGACACAUCUCCCUGCGUUAGUAUUAUUUUUGCAAACUAUCACUCUUAGAACUGCUAAACAGUAUUUGGUGUGAUAUUUUUAAAAAAUAACUUUUAAAUGCUCGCUAUUUAACAGUUCUCUCCAUCAAUCAGUCUCUUAUUACAUCUACUAAUAUUAUGCCUUUGUCUGUGGUUUUCUGUUGAGAUAUUUUCUGAUAUCUAUGUUUGGUAAGCAAAUAUCCGUGAUGCAUUUCAUUUUUACAGCUUAACUGCAGGAGCAAACUACCUAAAGCCCAAAUUGUCACAUACCCUUAAUCCAUGCCAAAAAAGUUGCUAGUUCAAGAAAAGUAAACCUAAUUUAUAGACGGUGCAUUGUUUUGAUGCACUGAUCUGUCAUACAUAUUUUAUAUCACUAAUGCCUGCAGUGCAGUGCUCAUACACAUUUUAUAAACUUAUAAAAUGAAGCACUUACGUCUGAAGCAUUUGUUGCUUCUUUUUCCUCUGGUUCCAAGGUUAACUUGUCCGUUCUGCGUGACUUCCAAGCCAACGUUUUGGCACCUUUAAAUUUGCCGUAACAUUUUUAAGGCUAAAGGGUGAAAUGUAGCUAAGCUGUUCCUGUUACCCAGUAAAUUAGAAUCUGCCUUUUGAUGAGGCCCGUUAGCCAGAUUAAAGGUACCUUUUGAAAAUAACCUUUCAGCAGGUGUUAAACACACUUUUCAUUCAAGUUCAAAUUUAUGUAUUACAAAAAAUAUAUUUUUUUAUUAGUCUAAUUUUUGUAAUAUAAUUU